UGUUAGCAGAGUCCUCACAUCUUCCUCAAACGUUUAUACGUACGCGAACGCGCAUCAAGAAGCGCAUCAUGUCCGACUGCUUCUUCUUCUGAAGUUCCUCGACAUACUUAAGGGCACCCAUCUGCGCGACUGUUAGUAUCGCGUGUGCGAUGGUUUCGAUCGUUCGUUUCGCUGUUCAUUCGAUUGAUCUCUGCGAUUCUUCGGGAGACUCACUUUGUCUGGUCCUGGUGUUAGUACUAGGGUCGUUGACUGGAGGUUGGGAGGCGCAAAUUCGAAGAGAUCCAAUUUCGCACACUCGCUUAGCAGGUGGGCGGAAGGCACUAGGGAGCACUCUUGGCAAGAGCGACCCACUUGAGGACAAAGUUGCUCGCGCUAAGGAAAGCACCUGGUAACAGCACCAACGCCAACACCAACACCAACGAAACUAUCGCACAUAUUUGGCAGUUCCUCAGCAGAGCUUCUGUCCAGUCGGAUUAA